AUGGCUGCUCCCGCUGCAGCGGCUGCUCCCACGCGGGCUGGUGUGGGUGGCAUGCGCGGAGCAGCGCCCGUCUCUGCAGCAGCGGCGGAAGCAGCGGCUGCUGCAGCGGCGGCAGCAGCAGCGGCAGCUGCAGGCCCAGCUCUAGGUGCAGUUGCCGCCGUUGCAGGUGGUAUCCAGCAGCCCUUUUCUCGUGUCGGCUGGAAUCACCUGGCGCCACCCACGUGCGUAAAUGGCGUGUACAGACUUGGCCGUAAGAUUGGGAGUGGCUCCUUUGGGUGUCUGUAUGAGGGGGUGGACCAGAGGGGCAGAGAAGUAGCCAUAAAGCUGGAGCCCGCAAAUACGAAACACCCGCAGCUGCUCUACGAGGCACGAAUAAUCAAGUUCUUGCAAGGCGGAGUGGGCAUUCCCGUAUGCUACUGGUAUGGCCUGGAGGGGGAAUGGCACGUGAUGGUGAUGGAGCGUCUUGGUCAUUCGCUGGAGUAUCUUUUCAACGCAUCUCAACGCGUCUUCAGUCUUCCGACCGUCCUGCAGCUCGGCAUUCAGAUGCUGGAUCGUUUGGCGUACAUACACCAGAGGAACUGCAUACAUCGCGAUGUGAAGCCAGACAACUUUCUGGUGGGACGCCAUGGAGACGGUAUGAGGAUCUAUUUAAUUGAUUUCGGUCUGGCGAAGAAGUACAGAGACGCCCAGGGCAAGCACAUCCCUUACAAGGAAGGAAAAAACCUCACUGGCACGGCCAGAUAUGCCUCGCUGGCAACGCACUUGGGCGUAGAGCAGGCGCGCCGUGACGAUUUAGAAGGUUUGGGCUACGUCCUGCUAUACUUCAUGCGGGGAUCUCUCCCCUGGCAAGGGUUGAAAGCAACUAAUGCACCGGACCACAGCUACCUCAGAGGUCUCUUCGUCGAGACGCUGCAGCAGCAGCCCAAGUUGCAUUGGACUCCGUUUGACUGGAUUCCAAUCGUUGGAUACUGCUCCUGUGUGUCGUGCAAACGGCAAGGACCCUUAUCUGCUCCGCAGCAACAGGAGGAGCAGCUGCGGCAUUUGGCACUCGGGACGGGCGCAGGCACUGCGGCUGCCCCCCAACGAACUGCCGGUACAAGCUGGCGCGCAGCAGCCACGCAGCAGCGAGAACCCACUGACCCCGAACAGUGGAGACCUUGGAGGCCCCAGCGCGGGAGGGCGGCACGGUGUACCUAG